AUGGAAAACCUAUGCCGUUCUGCUUCCACCUUGUGGGAAAACCGCAUUAACAUAGAUCUCACUAACAUAAUGGCUGUGCAAGCGGAGGCGGAGGCGGCGAUGAGGGAGCUGAGAGCCACCUACGCCACCGGAAAGACAAAGAGUUUUGAGUGGCGGUCUUCGCAGCUGAAAGCUAUAAAGAAGAUCGUAUCUCUUCAUAGCGAAGAAAUAGUCGAAGCUUUGCGAUCCGAUCUCCAAAAACCGGAAUUUGAAGCAGUUAUUCAUGAGGUAGGAUUCAUGUUCAUGUACAUGUUCAUCAUGUGUGUUUGUUCUUAUAUUGUUAACCUUGUGCUAUCACUUGAUCCGGUGGUCGGAGCCAUUGCUGCUGGCAAUGCUGUCGUCUUGAAGCCGUCGAGCUCCCCCGCCAUGUCAUCGCUGCUUGCGAAGCUCGUGGGCAAGUACAUGGACGCAUCAGCGGUGAAAGUGGUGGAGGGGGCAGUGGCCGAAACCACUGCUUUGCUAGAACAAAAAUGGGAUAAGAUAUUGUACACUGGAGGUGGCAAGGUGGGGUGUAUCGUGCUAAGUGCUGCGGCGAAGCAUCUUACACCAGUGAUUUUGGAGCUUGGUGGGAAAUGUCCAGUCGUAGUUGAUUCCGCGAUCAACUUAAAGGUAGCUGCAAGAAGAAUAAUUGGAGGCAAAUGGUGCGCCAACAGUGGCCAAGCCUGCAUUGCCCCAGACUACAUAAUCACUACAAAAGACUUCGUUCCUCAACUGGUAAAUGCUCUAUCGGCUCAAUUGGAUAAGUUCUUUGGAAAAGAAUCUCUUCGGUCGAAGGAAUUGUCAAGUAUCGUCAACAUCCACCACUUUAACCGCUUGUCAAAAUUACUAGAUGACGACGAUGUUUCUAAGAAGAUCGUUCGAGGAGGUGAACGUGAUCAAUCCAAUCUCAAGAUUGUUCCCACGAUCAUAUCGGGCGUCUCAACCGAUUCUCUCCUCAUGGAUGAAGAAAUUUUUGGUCCUAUACUUCCCAUAAUUACGUUUAUGGAGGCGGGAUUACCGUUCGGAGGCAUAGGCGGGAGUGGAAUGGGAGCAUCUCAUGGGAAGUUCUCAUUUGAUGCUUUCAGCCACAAGAAGGCUCUUCUAAAACGGGGUUUUGCCAUUGAUAUAUCGGCAAGAUAUCCACCAUACACUACUGGAAAACGCCGUUUUCUCCGUGCGGUUGUACAAGGCAGCCUUCUUGACAUUAUUCGAUCAUUAUCUACUUGUUGGUAA